GUCACUCAGAAGCAACCGCAGGUGUUGAGAUAGGUCUUGAGAUCAACAGUGUGCGCGCACGUGAGAAUGUCGAAUUUCAAGAGAACGGGAUCCGUGAGGACGCAUUGGAACAUUUAUCCAACAAAGUUCGCCAUGAAGACGUGCAAUCCACUGCGAACGAUCACGGAAUCCAUGAAUUUGGUGCCGAAUCCCAAGAAGAAGCUCAUUCCUCUGUCCAUUGGCGAUCCCACGGUGUUUGGCAAUCUCCAGGCCUGUCCUGAGAUCCAGGAUGCCAUCACUGAGGCCGCCGCGUCGGGUCUGCACAACGGCUACAAGCCCACGCUCGGCUGGGCGGAAGCUCGCCAGGCAGUGGCCAGAUACAGUGCUCACCAGGGCGACGUGAAGCCCGAGGACGUGAUCCUGUGCAACGGCUGCUCGAGUGCCGUGGACAUGAUCAUCAGCGUGCUGGUGCAUCCCGGCCAGAACAUCCUGUGCGCCCGUCCUGGCUACUCCAUCUACGGCACCAUCUCGGCCGGCUUCGGCAUCGAGCUGCGCCACUACAAUCUGCUGGCGGAGCACAACUGGGAGAUCGACCUGGACCAUCUGGAGUCACUGAUUGAUGAAAAAACUGCAGCCCUGGUCAUCACGAAUCCCAGCAAUCCGUGCGGCAGCGUCUUCAGCCGCGGCCACAUCGAGAAGAUCAUCGAGAUCGCCGAGCGCCACUAUCUGCCCAUCAUCGCCGACGAGAUCUACGAGAACAUCGUCUUCCCGGGCGUUGAGUACACUUCUGUGGCCGCGCUGUCCAGGAAUGUGCCUGUGCUGUCCUGUGGCGGCUUGUCGAAGCGCUUCCUGGUGCCGGGAUGGCGUCUGGGCUGGAUCAUCGUGCACGAUCGCAAUGGCCAGCUGAGUGAGAUCCGCAAGGGUCUCACCAAUCUCACUGGACGUCUGCUGGGCUGCAAUUCCCUCGUGCAGGCCGCCCUGCCGGCCAUCCUCCGUCACACGCCGCAGUCGUUCUACGAUGAGCUCAACAGCAGCCUGCAGAACACUGCCCUCAUUGCCUACGACAUGCUGCGCGAGAUCCGCGGACUGAAUCCCGUGAUGCCGCAGGGCUCCAUGUACAUGAUGGUGGGCAUCGAGAUGGAGCUGUUCCCAUUCGACAGCGAGAUGGAGUUCGUGUGCGCCCUGGUGGAGGAGCAGAGUGUCUUCUGUCUGCCCGGCGAGUGCUUCAAGUUUCCCAACUUCAUGCGCAUCGUCAUCACGGUUCCUGCCGAGAUCAUGCACGAGGCGUGCGCGAGGAUUCGCGAGUUCUGCAGCCAGCACAGGCGAAUGGACAAGAGAAUCAUCUCCAAUGGCAUCUAGAGCGCAGCCCACACGACAGAGAGGGGGAGACAGAGUGUCUGGCGGAAUUCCCACAAAUCAAGAUCCUGAUAAUCAGGCUGAAAGCCGAUGAUCUGAAAACCAUCUGAGAAAGCUGCUACACUCAUCUUUACUACCGAUCGAUCUGAAGGGAUAAUGGACUGCAAACGGGAUCAGCGGACACACUGUCUCUCUCUCUCUCUCCCACUCUCACCGUCUCACUGGACCUGAUCACGCUGGAAAUGUGCAAUUUCCGCCAAACAAUACGUCUGAUUUCUAACCAAACGCACCAAUAUACCUGCAAUUACUCCUCAAUGUUGUACUGUUUUCGUGCGAAUAAAGCGUAAAUACACAGCAGUAGAAGAAUGCUUUGGGAAUAUAUGAGUGUGUACUGAAGAGUUGAAUGAUGAUUUACGGCGCGAUAUC